AGUGUUAUGACAGUGACAUUUAAAAAAAUUUGAGGUUAGUAAAUACUACAAACAAAUAAUUCAAACUAAUUCGUUAUCAACUAACACAGAAACAUACACAUUUAAUUAUAAUUCCAAAUACUCACUGGCCUGAAAGUAUUCGGUCUUCGCCAAAUGCAAGCCGUAGCGGAAAAAUUAACCAAGCCAAAGAACAUGUCAGAAGAGCUUUCAGGCGUCACCGUUGUCAUAAUAAUAGGACUAGGAGUCCUGACAUUCUUGCUGCUCUUCAUUUUUGCCAAAAGACAAAUCAUGCGCUUCGCUCUCCGUUCCCGAAGAGGCCCUCACAUACCGAUAGGCCAUGAUGGCUCCAAAGUACUGAGAAGAGAAAUCGAGAGACGAAUCGACCUGAUACAAAAAAUCGAAUGCGAGCCACAGCUGAUAAGCAAGACUGAUCCCAGGUACAUUGUAUGUCCCGGACAACAAAUCCCUGCCCACUACUACCGGUUAAAGGCUGUGGAUGAUGUCAAAAUAUUAGCCUUAGCAGCCUUGGUGACAUUUACAGAGAGUGAAAUCACCAAACAGGACAGCUGUCUCGUCCGGCAUCCCAGCGAGAACCUGCGAGCUUACCUUUUGACAACGUUGGCCGCCCCUUUAAAUGGCAGCGGUCAGCGACUCAUUCAUCAGUUCUGCGACCUCUACGAGCACGCCAGGCACGACCCCAACCACUUUGGGGACGAUGAGUACCAACAGUAUAACAGACUCCUGAUGAAAUUGGUGGAUGCGGCCAAACUUCUCAAAUCGUACAACACUAGUAGGAAAUCUUCUCCUAACCGUACUCCUCAGAGGAAGCAUGCUGCGGAAAGGAACAGAAACGUCCACUCGAAUUAUUCAACGGAAGAGGAGGUAUUGACUAUUUCAGAGCGUAUUGAUACUAGACCUUCUUCACUGUCGAUAGCGCCGUCCGCAGAUAAUGAAACAUCAGUAUGAUUUUCUCAUGAAUAGCCUUCUGAAGCCGGCUCGUCUCUUGGAAGAAAACGAUUUUGGUGGAUUACAAAGUAUUAUAUUUAGAUUUCAAGAUUCUUCUCUUCAAAGCUGCCAAUUCUUGGUAAAACAGGGUGUAAAAAGGGGAAUUAAACAAUGUUAGGAAAUGUAUCACUGUACAGAAAUACAAAGGACCUGAGUUAUAUUUGAUAUAAAACUGUUUUUUGUACCAUUUUCAAAAGUAUUAUGAGUGGAAUACAAAACAAAAGCUGGAUGGGUUUAUCCAAGAAUAUAUUAGUUCCAUCCAUUUCCAUUUUCUGCAGGAUUUGUUGUUUGUGGAAAAUAAAAAUGUGAAAGUUCAUGUCUUAGCUGUUAUGUGUAGAAAUAUAAAUGUAACUGAAGGUGA